ACCAAACAAAUUUUAGAAAAACAAAAAUUAAAGAAAAAAACUCUCUCUAUUUCUCUGGUCUUUGUUUCUUCUCUCCCUCGCCGCCCAUGGCGAGGGCGAAACACUUCUCGAACAGACCCCGCCGUCGCCCGAAGAAAAGAUUUCAAUGGAACCAGCCUUCGCAGCAGCAAGCUGGUGAAGCGAGUACCUCGGGGACGCCAUCUCGCCCUACCCGUCGAGGGAGGCCGAGUGCGAGGGGUGGCGAACCAGAGACGCCUCAAGAAGGAGGAACUCCUGCAGACCAGGCCCGCCGGGGCCGGAGGUUGCGGCCAGGGACCGCGGCCCUCCGUGAGAUCCGGAAGUUGCAGAAGACUUGGAAGCUGCUGAUCCCCUUCGCACCCUUCUUCAGACUUGUAAAGGAGAUUACUAACUUCUAUUCAAGAGAUGUGUCUCGAUGGACAGCUGAAGCUAUGGUUGCAAUUCAAGAGGCAACAGAAUGUUAUAUACAUGGAUUAUUUGAAGAUGCAAAUCUAUGUGCAAUUCAUGCAAAGCGUGUUACUCUUAUGCAAAAAGAUAUACAGCUGGCAAGGCGGAUUGGUGGGAAAAGGCAUUGGUGAGAUGAACCAGGUUAAGCUGUACUCUCUAGGAUUGCUGAAUGCUUGUGGCAUUAGCAGUUCUCCUGACAUCUAACUUUUUAAGCAAUGCAUCAUUCUCAGUACCUAAGCAAUUUUUGAGUCCAAACCAGCCUGCUGACAACUUGAUGUGUCUGUAAUCUUGCAACGUAGGUUGUAGUAUUUUACUUGCCUUUUGGCAGUCUUGGGCUUUUAUUGAUGUCAUCGAUUUGUUUGAAUUCUAGCCCUGUUAGGUUUGCUAACCAUGAUUGUUGUAAUGUGACAGACAUUUAUUGAAGCUAUAGCAUUUUUCAUUACACCAGCAUUUCAGAAAUAUGAUAUUUCUGAAAGUUAUGUUGUGAAAUUUUAUCA